GGCGAAUGGUAACAGCAAUUGUACGCCACUGCGAAUGGGUGUGAACGCGCUCGUUUUGAAUCGCGCUGCUAGGCGGUUAUGUAAAGCGAGUGAAUUGUUAAUUAAAACUUAUUCCGAGAGGUCGAAAGUCAGCCGGCUUUCCAUGUUUUAACCUUAUAGAUUCCACACCGCAUGCUUCGCCAUCGUAUUUUUCAUUUAAAUUACCCAGUUCUCGUAUACGAAAAUAAUAGGCAAUAAAUUUGCAAUUCACUGUAUGGGCUCAUCAGCUGUUGCCUAUCGAUAGUCCCGCGCGUUAAUAACCGACACUAUAGCGAACAAAGUAAAGAGGCAAAAAGAAGAAGAGCACCACCGAAAGCAACAACAUGAAUUCUCUGGCCAGGAUCGGGGGUUUUGUGUGCCAGUCCGUGCAAAUAGCCGGCUGCGGGCUGCAGCAGGUGCGCACAAAGUAUGCCGAUUGGAAGAUGAUUCGCGACGUAAAGCGGCGCAAGUGCGUCAAGGAGAACGCCGUGGAGCGGCUGCGAGUCAACUCGCUGCGCAAGAACGACAUCCUGCCGCCGGAGCUACGCGAGGUAGCCGACGCCGAGAUCGCUGCUUUUCCUCGGGACUCAUCGCUCGUCCGGGUGAGGGAACGCUGCGCGCUUACGUCACGUCCGCGCGGAGUUGUCCACAAGUACAGGCUCAGUCGAAUCGUGUGGCGCCACCUCGCCGACUACAAUAAGCUGUCCGGCGUCCAGCGCGCCAUGUGGUAGCAUCUUCUGUUAGCAAUCUAGGGAAAUAAACCUUGUUAGUAGUCAUCC